CGAAGGCAUUGCCCGAGUGGUACCAGGGUAGUAUUAGAUCAAUGGUUCAAUUUCCUUCGGGUUUCGUUCAGGACCACUUAUAAGGCCAUUCUUUAAAUAAAUAAAAAUCAACCCUAGAAAUAGGACUCGAAAUUUUCUAGGAUUUUUGCAUGAACAAAACCGGAAAGAAAAAAAAUAUCGAUUUUAACCAAAAUUAUCAAUUCAAAACAAAAUGGCCAUCACCCGAGUGAUAGAAAACGAAUCCAACGGUCAAGAUCAGCAACAAGAACUGAUCAGCCCUGAAUGCAAAGAAUUGCUGAUUUCACUUCCAAAAGAGAGAGGAUGGAGAACACCAAAUCUCUAUCUAUAUCAGCAUUUUUGGUGCCAGCCGAAAGAAAUCCAAGCCAUAAUCUCGGUCCAAAACCACUACAACGCCGAAAACACCGACCUCAUAGUCGCCACAAUCCCCAAAUCGGGCACCACGUGGCUCAAAGCACUCUCGUUCGCGAUAGUGAACAGGCGAAACUUUGCCCACAACCAAAAGAACCACCCGUUGCUCACGUCCAACUCCCACGAACUCGUCCCUUUCCUCGAGUACAAACUUUUCGCAGAUUACGAAAAUAUCCCCGACAUGUCCCGUUUCCCAAGGCCACUCCUAUUGGGCACGCACAUGCCGAUAAACGCGCUGCCGGAUUCCGUCAUGGACUUGAAAUGCAAGAUCGUUUACAUGGUGAGGAACCCUUUCGACACGUUCGUUUCGAUAUGGCAUUUCAUGAACAAGCUAAGGCCGGAGUAUCUAGGGCCCUUGUCGCUCGAAGAGGCGUUCGACAUGUACUGCAGAGGAGCGAUAGGGUUCGGUCCGUAUUGGGACCAUAUGCUAGGGUACUGGUACGAGAGCUUGAGGGCCCCACAAAAGGUGCUUUUCUUGAAGUACGAGGAGGUGAAGGAGAACACUUGUUUUCACUUGAAGAAAUUGGCCGAGUUUUUGGGGUUUCCAUUUAGUUUGGAAGAGGAGGAAGGUGGUGCGGUUGAAGGAAUAGCGAAGCUUUGCAGCUUCGAUAAGAUGAAAGAUUUGGACGUGAAUAAAACGGGAAAGGGCGCGAUUACUGCUGGUUUUGAGAACAGGGAUUUGUUUAGGAAAGGCGAGGUCGGAGAUUGGGCGAACCUUCUCACUCCUUUGAUGGUCGAGAGGUUGACCGAUAUCAUGGAGGAGAAGUUAGCUGGUUCCGGUUUGACCUUCGGAGUUUUCUGCAACGAGAAACGAUCGUAAAAUGCUCCUAUUAGUAUAUGCACGAGACUGCGUAUUUUUCACAUCCAUAAACGCAUUGAAUAAUAUGGUUUGUUUGUCUAUCGAUUGAUUUAGAUCUACGUGUAAGUAGAUGAACUCGAACACUUAUCAAAAGUACUUGUCGGUGAUUCCGAUGUAAUAACUAAUAAGAAACCGACAAUAUGGUGGUUGUUUUGUCCUUUUCUUUUCGUCAUUUAUCUUAAUACUAUGUUCGCUA